AUGGCUACUGCGUUUGCGAGGGUGUACUGUGAAGAUAUUGAGAAGGAACAUUAUUCCGACUAUGCUACAACUGUCAAGCCCGACAUUGAUUUAUCUCAUCACCUUUCGCAACUGUCUAAGCGACGUCCUGCAUCGACGCUCAAGAGCCUUUUCAAAUGGCUGGACGACCCUGAAAUGAUAUCUUUCGCAGGAGGAAUGCCUCCGCCUGAGUACUUUCCGUUUGACUCGAUUUCAGCAGACGCGUUGGUCCCAGAAUCUUUGGGCGGGCCGUCCCCCGCAUCACAUACACAAGACACCUUUGGGCCGAUGUCGUGGCUCUGGGGUUGGCUGUUCGCGAGCACCAAACACAUGCCUCGUACGCGGCCCUUCACAAUACCUAAAUUCUCACCGGAUCCCAAGUCGCCAACCGCCAUACAAUUAAGCACUUCUCUUCAGUAUGGCACCGCUCAAGGUCACCCUGCCCUGGUUGAAUUUAUCACUCAUUUCACGCGUAAAGUAUACCAGCCCCUGAACACAGAUUCUGCGGUCCUUCUCCACGUUGGCAACACCGACGGUUGGGUAAAAGUCGUGCAGACCUUCUGUGAAUUCGGCGAUUAUCUCUUGACCGAAGACUGGGCAUACACUUCCGCCCUAUCGGCGGCAGCACCAUAUGGCGUAAAACCCGUUGGUGUGGCCAUGGAUGGACAGGGACUCCGCGCCGAUGCACUCGAAGAAGUUCUUGAGCACUGGAACCCUGCUCGCAGAGGAGGGCCGAGACUCCCAGUUCUCUACACGGUCCCAGUUGGUCAGAAUCCAUGUGGCACGACUAUGGGUGCCAAGCGCAAGAAGGCGAUCUACGAGGUUUGCGUUAAAUAUGAUGUCAUCAUUGUGGAGGAUGAUCCCUACUUCUUCCUACAAGUCGGGGAGUACGUUGCGCCCAGCUUUCGCCCAGAUUCAUCAUCCUCUGCCAUAAGCGGAGAUGACGAGUUGAGGUUUAUCGACAGCCUGGAGCCCAGUUUUUUGAGGUUCGAUUACCAAGGAAGAGUCAUACGCAUGGACACGUUCUCAAAGACCAUUGCACCAGGAUGUCGCCUCGGCUGGUUUACCACGAACUCUCUUUUCGCUGAGAGACUGGAACGCCAAUCCGAAACUACGACCCAAGCGCCAAGUGGCUUCGUUCAGGCGUCCCAACUCCUUGUUCACCAAUGGAAAUACCCUGGGUAUAUUCGCUGGUUACAGGGUAUCCGAGUGGCGUACACUCAGCGACGAGACACUAUAAUUGAUGUACUUGGUGAAAUCUUCGACCUCAAGGAGGAAGAAACCGAUGACACCAAAGGAAGGAUUUUACCGCUCAGUGGGGAUGUCAAGGUUUUCGUAGCUCGGAACAGGUCUCAGAGUGUGAACGAGAAGAAGGGAAAUAUAUUAUUCAGUUUCGUAGUACCAACUGCGGGGAUGUUUUUAUGGCUGAAACUUCAUAUGUACAACCAUAAAUCGUAUUCGCCCACUGCUCCUCCACCGAAGACACCGGAUGAUGCGCUCGAGGCCCAGUUCUGGACGGAGCUUGCGGAGGAUCACGUUCUCUUUGCCCCCGGCUGGAUAUUUGGUACUGAUGACGACGCUAGACUUAUAUCUGCGGAAGCAGUGUCACCGGACACUGGGGCCCUAAUCCAAGUUGGCAUGGGUGAGAAGUAUUGGACCACGAUGAGUGAGCAUGGGAAGUAUGGCCAUUUGCGAAUGAGCUACUCCAUGGCAACGGUUGAGGAGUUACGUCUCGGGAUAACCCGCUUUGCGAACGUCCUUAGGAAGCGAUUCUACCUUUAA